AUGUGCUUUUACAAUCAGAAAAGAUUCACUUGCGGCGAUUGGAACUGGACCAACUUCGCCCACCAAUGCAACUAUGAAUACCGAACAGGUGAAACAUGUGGAAUUAAGCUCGUAAACAAAACGGAGUUCGAUACGAAGCAAUGUCGACUCUGCGAAAAGAUUGAGACCAAGUUUCGCCGCCGCAGCCAGGAACUAGAACGAUUGGACCGCUGGAAGCGUGAGGGAGGUAGCUUGGUGGCGACAAUGAAUCGAUCUCAGAAAUUGGUCAGCGAUCUUGAAAAGGAAAUCUACCAGCUUCAAACAGAGCGAGAUUGUAAGAGGAAAGCCCUAUGUUGA